AUGAAUUUGGUUGGAACUCAAACCGUGAAAGAGAGAGAAUUUGAGGGAGAAGAGACAGCAGGUGGAAGAGGAAGAUUCCGACGGCCUUGGAGAUCAAUUUUCGACAGCCAAAGAACCUUGAAGAAGAGGAAGAAAACAACCCUGCCUUUCCGACCCUGCUGGAUAAAAUUGCAUGUGACGAUGCUGUCCUCUCGGUUUCUGGGCAUGAACCUUGUGUCACGUAAAGCUCUCCUCCAAACUCCAAGUGUGUGUAGCUGCUCUCCAGUUCUAGUUCCAGAGUACAGCCCUCCGCAAUCUGAAUUCAAGUCUUCUGACGUGCCAAUAGAAGAUUCCAGCGAUCGGGAGUUCUACGGCAAGAAGUUUGACAACGACGAUGACGUGGACGACAGAAAUAUAUUUCAGCUGAACAGAUUUUAUCUCAUUCGUAUACCACUUGAACGAAUUGGUGUUUCAAAUUGUUGUGUAUUUAAGAGUCGAUUACAGGAAUACGCUCAGAAAAUGGGACUUCAAACGCCUGUUUAUGAGACUACUAAGGAAGGCCCAUCUCAUGAGCCUUCAUUCAGAUCUGCUGUGGUAGUGAAUGAUGUCAGAUAUGAAUCUUUGCCUGAUUUUUUUAAUCGUAAGGCAGCGGAGCAGUCAGCUGCUGAAGUUGCACUUAUGGAAUUAGCAAAACUUGGUCAAGUGAAUCCUUCCAUCUCCCACCCUGUUCAUGAAACAGGUUUAUGCAAAAAUCUACUUCGGGAAUAUGCACAAAAGAUGAACUAUGCUAUUCCAAUGUAUCGGUGCCAAAAGGAUGAAGCACCAGGACGAGUGCCUCAUUUUUCAUGUACUGUUGAAAUUGGAGGCAUUCAGUAUAUUGGCGCUGCAGCAAGAACAAAGAAAGAAGCAGAGAUCAAAGCUGCUAGAACUACACUAUUAGCCAUCCAAUCAAGCGCAUCUGAGUUAUCUGGCUCACCAAGUGGCAAUUCUCAGCUAACUGUAAUUCCUUGCAGGAAGAGGGGAACAGAGUCGGUUGAUAAGCCUAAGGUGGACGAGACUGUAAAUGUUCCAAAGCCAAAGAAAGCUAGAUGUUUAUGUUUGUGGUGGCAUGCAGGUUACUUACGUGUUGGGGCAAUUGCAAAACAAAGCUGCGUCUGCUGCGCUUUGUAAUGUACUCAGGGAUUUGAAGGAGCAUCCCAUGGUCAGACAUGAAGCUCUUGGUUCCAUUGCUGAUGACCACAGUGUGGCACUUCUUGAGGAAUUUGCCAGGGAUCCUGAGCAUAUUGUUACACAGAGCUGUGAAGUUGCCCUGAGCAUGCUCGAAUAUGAACGGUUGGGAAAGUCAUUUGAGUACCUCUUCAUGCAGGCUCCUAUGAUGCAAUCGUGCCGGAUAGUUAUAGCUGCACGGCAAUGCUGAACAUAUAUGGGAGUGGAAGGAAAGUUGACAAGGCAAUGGAUUUGUUUGAAGAGAUGCAUGAGCAGGGGGUUGAGAUCAAUGUGGUGGGGUUUGGAUUGUUUGAUUCAGUGUUUGGGUAAGGCUAGGAGGAUUGAUGAUUUGGUGAGAGUGUUUGAUGUCUCUGUGGGAUGUGGAGUUAAACCGGAUGAUAGGCUUUGUGGGUGUUUGCUGUCUGUUGUGGCCUUGUGUGAGAUCAGUGAAGAUGUUGAUAAGGUCAUUGCAUGUUUGC